GACCCCGACCCCCCACCCGCCGGGUCUGGAUCGACGACACCGAGUUUGGAGGAGUUGGAGGAUCCGUAUCCGUGUGCUCAGGUCAACGACGGCAGACAUUUAACACAGGACUGAAGUCACUUCUCCGACGGAAAAAGCAGCGUGCCCGGUGAGUUUACAGGCUGCAGACCCCUGACCAGGAGGAGCGUCAGGUAAUCCACAGGGAGCCUCAGCAGCAGAAGAUGAAGUCAAAGGCACCAAAGUUACAAAUGGAAACACGUUGUUAUGAGGCUGAGCUGCUGCUUCAUGAGCACAACUAUUCAAAGAAGCUCCUGACUGUGACGGAGCAGCUGCAGGUCACGGAAAAGGAGCUAAAGCGUCAAGUACUGAAAUGUGAGCAGUUCUUCCUGCAGCGCAUCCAGUGUGAGCCGGAGAUGAUCAUGUUUUACACCGGGUUUAAAGACUACAACACACUCAAAGCGUUCUACUUAGCUCUGCAGCCGACACCAGAGACUCUUGGGAGUUGCAGUCACAUGCUACAGCUGAAUAACACUGACGACGACACAGUGAACGCUGGCUUCCAUACAGCCCACCUGUGUUUGUUUGAUCAGCUGUUCCUGUUCCUUUGCUUUGUGAGGCGGGGGUUUCUUCCUAUUGAUGUGUCUACACAGCUCCUCGUGUCAGAGGAAGUUGUGCAGACGACCUGGAUAACAUGGUGCCACUACCUGUUCUUUAUGCUGGGACCGCUGCCGAUAUGGCUGAGUAGACAGAGUGUAAACGAGCUGAUGCCGCCAUUCUUCAGAACGACCUUCGCCAAAACUCGGGUGGUGCUACACUUGACUGAGAUCCAAGUCCAGCUGCCAACGUCCACAGUGAACUCGCCCCAUCAUAAAGGCUCCACAACACUCAAGUCUUUGAUUGGCAUCACGCCAUCUGGCUCCAUCAGCUUCGUCAGCAGCUUCUACACAGCCGCCGUCUCGGAUCAGGACGCCGUCAGGGAGUCGGGCAUUUUAAACCUCCUGGAGCCGGGUGACGUAGUGAUGACAGACAGAAGCUUAGAGAUCAAAGACCUCGAUGUGAUCGGUGUAGACCUCGUCAGCCUGACGUUCUCGGGGGCAAACAAACUCUUAAAUGAAGACAACGUAUCCCAAACAGACUUUGACCACUUGAAAAUCCACAUGGAGAGGGCGAUCAGUCGCAUCAAAGAGUACCACAUAUUUGAUGACGUUGUUCCCUCUGUGCUUCAUAGUUCAGUCAACCAGCUGUGGACGGUCUGCGCUCUGCUCACAAACUUUCAAGGACCUCUGAGUUAGUGCUGUGCACAGCUGCACAGGUAACUCAGACAGAUAAACUCAGGUAGCCCAAAUAAACUCCCAAAUAACUAAGUCGAUCGGAGCCUGUAAACCCUGCUGUUUUUGAGAGGUGUUGAUUCAACUUCAGAGCUGCAGCGAUUAGUCGAUCGCCAGUCGUUUUAAUGAUCAAUUGAAUUAAGGUGAGAAAUGCUAAACAUUCUCAGGUUCCAGCUUCUCAAAUGUUUUGCUGCUUUCGUCUGUUUCAUGUCAUAGGAAGUAGUUUUGGACUGUUGGUCAGACAUGAGACAUUCUCAGCUCAGGGAAACUGCGAUUGUGUUACAACAGAGUUUAAAAUAAAGUGUUUAAAAUACAGUCGUAAAAAUAUAAACUGUGUUUUCAUAUGAAGAGUUAUACUUGUUGAUAAACUUUACUUAAUAGUCAUUUUUCAAGCCUUUUCUCUUUUCCAUGUAUAAUUGUACAAUUGGGACAAAACAUUUGUUCAAACAGAUGGGUUUUUACAUUUCUUACACAAAACUAUUAAUUGAUUA